CCUCCGCCCGCCGCCGUCAUGUCUCGUCCCAGCGCGGACUCGUCCUCGCUGCUCUCCACCCAGUCGGCGCGCACCGUCUCCACCCGCAACUUCGCUUUUACCCUCGACGAUUUUUCCAACAAGGGCUUCAUUGUCAAGGACUUUAUAGAAACCCUCUCCGAUACCGCUAUCCCCACCAGCAACCGCAAAUCCGGUCUCUCCUCCGCCCAGACCCAAUUCGAUCCCAAGCCGCUGAUCCGCUCCUUCGAACACGCCCUGACCCGCCUCAAUAUCCUCUCCGAAGAGCUCGAGGAGCGCGAAAAUGAGCUUUCCGCUACCGUGCGCCGCGCUGAGGCCCAACACAAUCAGAAUGUCGACUCACUGGGGAGGAAGCUUAAUCAGGCUAUUGACCGAUUUAAGAGGCUGGACAGUUCCCUGAACGGUGGUGGAGGCGGUGUCGACGAGGGAGGCGUGGAUGGCGGUGGUAAUGUUGCGGUGCGCAUUGGAGAGCGCUUGGAAGAGCUGGAUCGACAGGUACAAAGAGCGUCGGAUGCCAAAUUCCUCAUUGUGUGUUGGCAGGAGGUCAGUCAAAGAGGCACCUUGGAUACACUCGAAGACCGCAAGCGCCGCGGCAAGAUUGUUGAAUGUGCAUCCAUUGCCCGCCAGCUUCUCAAAAUUAGCAACCGUCUCAACCCCGACGUCAACGGAAACGCCCCCAAUGGCACCACAGCGAAGCGCCGCCCCAACGUCUCCAAAUUCCCCACCAAGGAGAUCAUCGAGAAGUUUCUCGAAAAUCUGGAACAGGAUCUACUUGCCAAGUUUGAUGAAUAUUAUCGGAGACCCAACUACGACGGAAUGCGCGAUUGCGCCGUCACAUUGAAGGACUUCAGCGACGGCGCCAGCGUCAUCGCCACCUAUGUCAACCAGCAUUCGUUCUUCAUCGAGCGCAUCAACCUCGUAACCGAUGAGCUGACCGUAGAUGCCGAGUCAUGGGAACGCCUGCAAGACCCCGAUGCGGAGCCGCCAGGCGUAGAGCCAAGUCUCCAAAGUCUGGUGGACGAGGUCAAGAUUGUCAUCCAGGACGAGUCAGCCAUCAUCAAGCGAGCGUUUCCUUACUAUGAGGAGGUUCUUGUAAAGUUCCUUCAAAGACUGUUCCAGCAAUCCAUUCAACAGCGCCUAGAAAUGGUGCUAGAAAAGGCCAACGAGCUUUCCUCUCUCGCUUUUCUUCGCGCUUUACAAGCCUCCAGAGGAUACAUCACUGCUCUAGUAGACGACCUCAAAUCCCAUGGUCUGACAGAAGCACCAGAGCCCGUCACAUCGCAGAUCGCAGCUGUGCUGGACCAACAGCUCGAAGAUCUUUUUGUGCCAUAUUUUGUCGGGUCCUCAUAUAUUGAGCGAGAGAAGAAAAACCUGGAAGAGCUUUAUUCGUCUCUACUCCUCAAAUUCACAGCAUACCACGAGCGACGUCGGAAGAUGCCCACGAGCUAUUUCGGAUCGCUAGCCCAGCGUGGUAAAGAACUCGCCGCUUCCACACGUGAUGCAUACAUGGAACGUCUCGACAGCACCGAUCUGCCACCCACCCAGAAAGCUAUGUUGAUGAAGAUCGCCGGUGUCAAAGAAGAGCAGAUGGACAAAAAGGACAUUGAAACUACAGAAGAAGACGGGAGGCUAUCGUUAGCCGUUGCUAAGCGUAUGCUCAAAUGGUUGGCCGAAGGCGUUGGGAGAGGGCUGGAGCUCUCACCCUCAAACGAAACGCCAAAGGACGUGCAGAAUCUGCUCAACCUUCUUCUCACCCACAUGGGCGAGAUGUAUCUGGAGACGGCUCUCGAUGCCGCUUCUGAACACGCCGCAUCACAAGAAAACUCCAAAACCCCACCAGACCUCACCCACCUCCCGGCCCUCUCCACUAUAACCACAAUUCUGCACCUUCUCCAAACCACCACCUCCACCAUCCUCGUCCCCCUUGCAACCCCCAACCUGACCAUCCGCCGCGAAAUCGAAAAACAAAUUUCCUCUACCCUCUCGACCCUCGAAUCAAAACUCUCCUCCGUCCUAAACACCACCCUAACCGCGGCUCUCAACCACGUCACCACCCUCCUCAAACAACAAAAGAAAACAGACUACCGCCCCAAAGAAGACAACAUGGACGAAGUCCUCAUGAUGUCUUCCUCAGACCCCUGCCAAUCCGUCUGCAGUUUCCUCACCCGCGUCGCGACCCAAGCCUCAGCCGCCCUAACAGGCCGCAACCUCGCCCUCUUCCUCGCCGAGCUCGCGCGCGGGCUCCGCGGUCUGAUCCUCGCGCAUCUCCUGCGCUUCACGUUCUCCAUCAUCGGCGGCAUCACCGUUUCCAAAGAUAUGAACCGCUAUGUUGAGCUAGUCAGGGGCUGGCCUACGGGGGAUGAGCUCGAGCAAGGGAGCAUGGACGUUCUUGUUGAUGUUAGUCAGCUUUUUAUGCUGCAAGGCCAGCAUUUGAGGGAGAAGUUGAGUGGGAGGGUUGGCGGCGAGUUGGUCGAGUUGAAGGGGUUUGUCGCUAGAAGAGAGGAUGUCGGGAGUGUUGAGGUUCAGGCUGCGCUUAUGGCUGUUUGAAUCCAGUAUUCUCACCUCUUCUGGCUUUUCUAUUCUUGUGAUGUAGAUGAUGAAAGUUAUUGGUUCUUCUUUUCUUCUUCUUGCUCUCAUUCUCCUCGACCUUUGUUUGUUUGCUGGAUGGACUCUGCGUUUUGCGUCGCACUGUGUGUGUGUGUGUGUGUGUGUGUGAUGGUCGUGAUUUUGCUUCUUGCUGAUGAUUUUGCGGUUCCCUUCAUCCAUAUGCCGUGUCUGUAGCCCUGUCACAAAGUACUACCUUUCCCCCCCUCCUUUUCCAAUUCACUAGAGAAAAGAAAUCAAUGACCAUUGAGUAUCAACCAUCCGGAAAACCUCGAAGAAAUGUUAUACAGCGAACUAGUAACCGCAC